UCUGUACAAUCAGAAAAAUGAGAAAUUAAACCCCAUUUGAUUCAAAUGUAUGAAUUGUCAAGAUCAUUGUAAUGUCAUGUGUAGCUAGUUAAAAAGAAAGAAAUAUGAUCAUGCAAAGACCCAUGUGAAACAAGCUUUACUGGUAUUAGUACAAAUUUCUACAAAAUAUGAGGUGAGGCAAAUAUUAUUAAUGUUUAUGUGUUUAAUAUACAGGGUGGAUAUUGAUGAGAACAAUAAUAGUUAUUAUUAAGUGAUCGUUUUUUAAGUGUUGGACAAUUUUCUAUGGCAGGUUUUUUUCUACCCACCAAGAGUCUUAAAUAUCAGUUCUAUCUGAUAUUCAUUCUAUUCAGAGACACAGUAUCAAUAUAUUUGAAAUACCUUUGGUAAAUACAUGGAUCCAUUGCUCUUGAGAAUCACUUGGUUUAAGAAAUUUAAAUAUUAAAAAAAUACUGUUUCAAUCAUUUAUAACUAUUUAGGUCUAAUCAUCAUGCUAAUUUAACACAUGAGGAAUUGAUUCAGGUAUGUUUAUUCUUUGAAUCUUAUAUAUUUUUCCAGUUAAAUAAUUAUGUAACCAUUCACAAUGAUGAAAGUGAGUGUCCUUCAGGUAGAUGAAGUUAAGAGAAUGUCUAAUCCCUGUGACAGCAAUUAUGUGAAACCUUUGAACUAGGUUUUAAAGGCUGUUUCAAAUCUGGUUUUGGGAGCUCCCAGUAUGCUAAGUAUGAUUGUAAAGUGAAGCAGUUUUAACAGUCCACUGUGGAUUACAGAGUUUAAAAAAAAUACAAAAACAGAAUAGCAAAUAGUGACCAAACAAGAUGCAUUCUUCUGAUUACAAGGAGUUAAUUCAAACAAACCUGUAUAAUAUAACGCAAUGAAAAAAUCUGUUCUAAAGUUUUUACUUUUGUUUAAUUAUUAACAUAUGUGGUACACUAAUGCCAUCUAUGUGGUCUGGGAUGCUUGAUAAUUGUACACAUGGUUAUGUACAUAUUUCUCAAAAUUUGAAGUACACUGAAGACAAAGGGUGAGGAUUAUGUAUUAAGUGACUUCUAAAGACAAUCCACAUAUUUGAGUGAACAUUUAUUUUCAUGAAGAAGCAAAAUCCUAAAAGUGAAGGAAUUAUGAAACCUUAUGAAUUUAACAGGAAAAAGAGCAUACUUUGUGAUUGUGAUGCUUGGACUUUGUGGUAAUUCUUGAUUAUAAUAAUAAUAAUAACAACAACAAUAACAACACAGGCGUGGCUCUUGUUUAUAACUAUUAUAAGCGAAGGUAAUUUGUAAAAGUACAAUAAAUUGAUUUUUGAUCACUUUUUAAUGUCUUUUAAUUAGAAUUCUUUAUCUUAUUAAAGGAGUAGGGAUAUUUCUUAUUUUAUAUACUGUAUUUAGGGUCUUAUCUAUAUUACAAUGAAUAUGAAUUUGAUAUCUCUAAUGAUGUUGGACUUAAUCUUCAGUAGAGUAUCUCUGGGUUAACCAGCUUCCAGUUAAUAUAGCAAAUACCUGAAAUAACAGGUUAUAAUAAGAAAGGCAUGAUUUUAGCUCACAACUUUAGAGGGUUCAACCCAGGAUUAAUUGAACCCUAUUGUUUUGAGCCUGUGAUCAGGCAACAUAUCAUGUUGGGAGAAAGCAAUAGAGAAAAAUUCUUACUGUAUAGUCAGGAAAAAAAUGGAGAGAAAGAGGAGUCAGAUGGGGUCCCUCUAUCCCAUUCCAGAGCAAGCUCUCAACCACACAAAGCACCCACUACUACCCAUCUCUUUAUGUUCCAACAACUCCCAAGAGCACCACCAUAGGAUUCACCCUUUAACACUUGCAUCUUUGUGGAUGAUGCAACAUCUGAACUUCCGUCUAAUAUAAGUAAGAUUAGAAACAGGUGUAUAAUAAUAAUAAUAAUAAUAAUAAUAAUAAUAAUAAUAAAUUAUUUUAAAAUUUAAGAUAUUUCUAAUGAAAACAUUCUAAAAAUUGGUUUUUCCUAACUAGGAAAUACAGUAGAAGGUGUAUGGUCUUUAAAUGCAAGAAAUUUUCUAUUGAACUGCUUGAAUCAAAAUAUAUACACACUGCUACAUGCUGGCAACAUGCUUCUUUAUUCUAAACCCUCUUUCCUUUUUCAAAAGGUGUCCAAGCAAUAGAGAACCAUAAAAUAUGACACAUGUCUCAGAAUUCUAUCUCAUGAAUUCUCAGAUGAUCCAGACCUACAGCCCAUCCUCUUUGGGCUGUUCUGGUCCAUGUAUCUGGUUACAGUGCUCGGGAACCUGCUCAUCACCCUGGCUGUCAGCUCUGACCGUCACCUCCACACCCCCAUGCACUUCUUCCUCUCCAACUUGUCCUUGGCUGACAUUGGUUUUACCUCCACCGCAGUCCCAAAGAUGAUUGUGAACAUCCAAACUCACAGCAGAGUCAUUUCCUAUGUGGGCUGCCUGACACAGAUGUCUCUUUUUAUCCUUUUUGGAGUAUGGAUGCUACACUUCUGACUGUGAUGGCCUAUGACCACUUUGUGGCCAUCUGUCAGCCAUUACAUUAUCCAAUCACUAUGAACCCCUGACUCUGUGGCUUCUUGGUUUUGUACUUUUUUGUUUAGCCUUUUUGACUCACAACUGUACAAUUUUAUUGCCUAAAAAUUUCCUUACUUGAGAAUGUAGAAAUUGCUAAUUUCUUCUGUGACCCUUCUCAAGUCCUUAAUCUUAAUUGUUAGAAUAUCUUUACCAGUAAUAUGAUGUAUUUUUUGGUGCGAUAUUUAGUUUUUUAACCAUCUCAGGGAUCCUUUUCUCUUGUUAUAAAAUUGUUUCCUCCAUUCAGAGAGUUCCAUCAUUAGGUGGGAAGUAUAAGGCCUUCUCCACCUAUUGGUCUCGUGUGUGUGUGUAUGUGUGUGUGUGUGUGUGUGUGUGUGUGUGUGUGUGUGUUUUAUGGAACAGUGAUUGGAGUGACCUUCAGUUCAUCUGUCUCACAUUCCCAUAGAGUGGGUGUAGUGGCCUCAGUGAUAUAUACUGUGGGUCACACCUAUGCUGAACCCCUUUAUUUACAGCCUGAGGAACAGGGACAUAAAAGAGCCCUGAGGAAGUUACACAGAAAAGCAAUCUAAACUAGAACCUUUAUCAUCUAAUCCUAAUGUUAGUUGGAGAAGACAGAAAAAAGAAACAACUAGAAUCACAAAUUCUGUUUCCUUGGGCACAUUAUUUUUGUACUUUAAUAGAUUUAACUUCUCAUCAUUUUUCACAGAAUACUGGUGGUUGCUGCUUUGGAGCGAGGUAGAAAUGGAGAGUUUUCAAAGUAGAUACAAUUUAUGUUGUAAAAAUGUAAAAUUUCUGGAGAUGUAUGGUGGUGAUGUAUAACUAACAAUGUGAAUAUGAUUAAUGCGAUUGAACUAUGUUAUUAAAAUUGUCAAAAUGAUUAAUGUUUUUAUAUUUUGUAUUUUCACACAAUGAAAUGGCGAAAUAAAAAGCAAAUAGAUUUAAAACUAAGAGAGAAGUGAAUAGUACAUAAGCUAUAUACUGAGUAGAAGAGUGGCCCCAAAUGAUUGAGGUCAUUAUCUUUAUUUUCCUUCUCCCAUUAAUAGUAGGAGGUUCUUUGAAAUUGGGUUAAUGUGAACCAGUAUGACAAAUUUGACCUCUGUGCACCAAGCCACCAAGAUCAAGUUAGAGCAAUUACCCAUCUUGUGCCUUCAGUCCUUCAAUUGAUGGCUCCAGUCCAGUUGGCACCAUACCUGUCUGUACCUCCCAUGGUUUUAUGUGACAAGAAGCUCCUAUCAAUGUGCUCAUGUUAAUCUGAGGAGUUUGUGGCUUCCUUAGGCCACAGGAAGAGAAGGUUCAUCAUAUUUUCAGUCAUUGGUCCUGGACAAGUAGACAUUGCAAGAUAACCAGGUAAGUGCUGAGAGAGACAGGAUGGGAGAAAGACUAACAGAAGCAUUAUUUUCUCACCAUCAGGUGUAAUAUGUCAGCUGGAACAGCCGAUGGGCGGAAAAGUGUACAAACUUCAGGUGUCCAAGAAUUAGAGAACCACAAAAUCUAACAGGUGUCUCAGAAUUCCAUCUCUUGGGACUUUCAGAGGACCCAGACCUUCAACCCAUCAUCUUCGGGCUAUUCCUGUCCAUGUACCUGGUCACAGUGCUUGGGAACCUGCUCAUCAUCCUGGCUGUCAGCUCUGACCCCCACCUCCACACCCCCAUGUACUUCUUCCUCUCCAACCUGUCCUUGGCUGACAUUGGUUUCAUCUCCACCACGGUCCCAGAGAUGCUGGUGAACAUUCAAACUCAUAGCGGAGUCAUCUCCUUCGUGGGAUGCCUGACUCAGAUGUCCCUUUUUAUCCUUUUUCUAUGCAUGGAUGAUCUGCUUCUGACUCUGAUGGCCUAUGACCGGUUUGUAGCCAUCUGUCACCCCCUCCAUUAUGCAGUCAUCAUGAACCCUCGCCUCUGUGUCAGAUUAGUUUUGGUGUCUUUCUUGUUUGGCCUUUUGGACUCCCAAGUGCACAAUUUGAUCACCAUACACUUUUCCUACUUUGAGAACGUGGACAUCGCUAACUUCUUCUGUGAUCCUUCUCAGGUCCUUGGUCUUGCCUGUUCUGAUACCUUUACUGUAAAUAUACUCAUGUAUUUUGUUGGUGCCAUCUAUGGUUUCCUUCCUCUCAUAGGGAUAAUUUUUUCUUACUACAAAAUUAUUUCCUCCAUUCUGAGGAUCCCAUCCUCAGGUGGAAAGUACAAAGCCUUCUCCACCUGUGGCUCUCACCUCUCAGUAGUUUGCUUAUUUUAUGGAACUGGCAUAGGAGUGUACCUUUUUUCCAAUAAGUCAUCUUCCACCAAAAAAGGUACAGUGGCCUCAGUGAUGUACACUGUGGUCACCCCCAUGCUGAACCCCUUCAUCUACAGCCUAAAUAACAAGGACAUUAAAAGUGCCCUGUGGAGGCUGCACAGGAGAGCAGUGUGAUCUCAGGUCCUGUGGCGUCCAUGUUUAGUUCUGGCAGCAACAGAACUAAACAUCCAGACAUUAAAUCUACCACAUUGGUCACAUUAUAUUUUGCAGUUUGAUAGCUUUAAUUUCUCAUCAUGCUUCAUAGUAGAAAGAAGGUUUCUAUGGCUGGGGGAGGAAUGGGAAGUUUUAAAAAUUGAUAUAAAGUCUCAGUUUUGGAAGGUGAAAUAGUCCUGGAGAUAGAAGGUGGUGAUGCUUGCACAAGGAAGUACCUAUAAUCACUGCCACUGUUUAUUUGUAUUUUGAUAUUUUCAGUUUGGAUGUAAAAAGAAGAUGGAUCCUUAGGGAAAAAGAGAAAAUCAGAAGUGAAUAGUACACACAAACUUUCUCCUGAGUGUAGGAAGAACCCAAACUUACUGUAGACAUUCAUUUUCUCUUUUUUCUCCACUAAUAUGAGGAAGUCCUUUGAGACUUGAAUUUUGUAUAUCAACAUGACUUAGUAUGAGCUCUGUGUGUUGGGCCUCCAAGGUCUUACAGCAAUAAAUAAUAAGGCCGUGACUCCACCCCUUCAUCUGGACUCCCAACUGUGCAAUUGGAUCACCGUACACUUCUCCUACUUGAAGAACACAUUAAGUGCUCAGGGGUGGAACCAUUUGUUACCCUCAUGAGAACAAACUUUUUAAAAUGUAAAUAGGUAAAAUGAAGACCAGUACAGUAAAGGAAGGGGAACAGGUGGAAGAGGGAAGGGAAAGGGGAAGUACUGGGGACUGAAAUGGAGCAAAUUAUAUUGCAUGCAUGUGUUUUUAUAUCAAAAGAGCCCAGAUAUUAUGUAUAACUGUAACACACUAAUAAAGGCAUUAAA